UGUUUGUGGUUGUAAGAAGCCCAUACACUAGGCUACUAUACACCUCUAUACAUCAACAGAUUAAACUCCAUGUCUGAGCUCAGAACCCAGUUUAAUGAACAUGCUAUUGUUAAAAUGAAUGCCGUUAAAUGAUGGACCAAACAGCAUGCGCUUGAACAGUGGGUGCAAGUUUAAAACUGCAUUGAUCAAACGCCUUCUGUGAUCCUAAUUCAUUCAAGUAUGGUUCAAUAAAGUUCCCGACCGACCCUCAGUUAUUCACGACGUUACUGACCAUCUCCAACCAGAAUCACUUUACUUGUAAACAAGUUCCUCGGUCGCUGAAGAUCAUUAAGUGAUGUGACGUCAUCACCGACACCACAUGGCUCUGGGCGAAACCAACUGACAGAGCUCUCAUCAGCGUGCAGUCAUUAGCCUACUGUUUAUUUUGUUGUAGUGUUAUUGUUUUUGUCGAUCUGAUUCAGCGAUUCGAGUCUUCUGAUCAGAUCUGCUGUUCCUGCUACAGAACUUGAAGCUCCUCCCACAGCAAUUCACCUAUAAAUGCUGGAUCAUUCCCAUCAAGUGAAGAAGACAGUUGAACAUGGAGAACAUGAGUGAUCCAGAACCCUGCCGAAUGGAAGAUGAAGAUACUGAAGAACAAAGAGGCUUUAUUGAACAGAAUGAGGAGAGUGAAGAACUGACUGAAGGCGAUGAGAAACAUCAUCAUGUCAAAAUGGGAGAAAAAACUUUGAAGAGAGCCAAAAAUUCUUGCCCUCAGUGUGGAAAGAGAUUCCCAAACAAAAUAAGUCUUAAACUUCACAUGACAGUUCAUAGUGGAGAGAAACCGUACACAUGUGAUCAAUGCGGGAAGAGUUUCACACAAAAAGGACACCUUAAAGGACACAUGAAGAUCCACACAGGAGAGAAGCCGUACACAUGUGAUCAAUGUGGGAAGAGUUUUGCACAAAAAGGAACGCUUAAUGAACACAUGAAGGUCCACACUGGAGAGAAGCCGUACACAUGUGAACAAUGCGGGAAGACUUUCACACAAAGAGGAGCGCUUAAAGGACACAUGAAGGUCCACACUGGAGAGAAGCCGUACACAUGUGAUCAAUGUGGGAAGAGUUUUGCACAAAAAGGAACGCUUAUUGGACACAUGAAAAUCCACACUGGAGAGAAGCCGUACCCAUGUGAUCAGUGCGAGAAGAGUUUUGCACACAAAAAUCACUUUAAAGUACACUUAAAAAUCCACACUGGAGAAAAGCCGUACACAUGUGAUCAGUGCGGAAAAAGUUUCACUCAAAAAGGAACCCUUAUUGGACACAUGAAGAUCCACACUGGAGAGAAGCCAUACACAUGUGAUCAGUGCGGGAAGAGUUUUAAACGUGGAUUGAGUCUUAAAUCACAUCUACGUAUUCAUUCUGGAGAGAGAUCGUUUUACUGUGAUCAGUGUGGGAAAACUUUUUUUUCAGAACUAUCCCUGAAGGGCCACCUGAAAGUUCAUACAAAGGAGAAGCCUCACAUGUGAUUUUGUGUGGGAAGAGUUUUAGUCAGCUGAGUGCUUUAAAAUCACACCAGAAAAUAGACAGUGGUGUGAAGAAUCACAUGUGAUUUGAUUGUGGGACAAGUGUGACAAGAGAUUCAGUCAGUCAGGAAACAUGUAAAAACAUCAUCCACACUGGAGAGAAGCUGUGCGUGUGAUCAAUGCGGGAAGAGUUUCACAUGAAAAUAAGCCCUUAAUGAUCACAUAAGGCCACGAGUACAUGGGAUCAACAGUGAGUGAUCAAUUGUUAAAACACUGAGAACACUUGCAAAUUCCUCGUUCUUUUAGCUGCAUGUGUAAUACACUCAUAAUUUUCAUGGAAACUGUUUGUUUCUUCGUUUUAUUAAAAUCUUUUAAUAACUGUAAUGUUGACUUAUCAAUGUUUUAGCUUUAACAAAUAAAAUUUACCACGUUGAACAGUGUUUUUUUUAUUCAAAUCUUUUAGUUACUGUUACGUUGACUUAUCAAUGUUUUUGUAAUUGCGAAUAAAAUUUGACAUGUUUUUGAUCA